GUCCACUGUUCGCCUUAAGUGGAAAACCACAAUCUUAUAUAAAAGUAUGUCUCUACGCCAAAAAUUCACCUUGCAUCCCUCACAUCAUGUUCGUCCAAUUGCCAGCAACUGCUUUUGUCUGUGCCACCCUUGUACUUGUUCCCAUUCCAUGGCAUUGGCGCGCUGGUAACAUCUCAACCAUUGCCAUCAGUUUGUGGCUCUUCGUCGGCAACAUCAUCUACGGUAUAAAUGCUAUCAUCUGGGGAAAUACUGUUCAAAACAUUGCUCCUGUAUGGUGUGAUAUCACGACCAAGCUUGAAGUUGGCAGCACGGUAGCGCUACCUGCUGCCAUGUUCAGCCUUUGCAUGCAUCUUGAACGUGUGGCCGCCAUUCGAGACCUCAGCCUGACGCACUCUAAAAAGCGUUGUCGCCAGAUAGUGGAGUCUGCUUUAUGCUUCGGAGUUCCUCUCAUAUACAUGGCCUUGCACUACAUUGUCCAGGGACACAGAUUUGAUAUCGUCGAAGGUUUUGGUUGUCGUCCAACAAUCUAUGUGUCUAUUGCUUCUAUUUUCUUGAUUUGGGUUCCGCCAUUGGUUUUCUCUCUUGGCGCUGGCAUAUUCGCAGCAACCGCCUUCUCGCACUUCUGGAAACGUCGCGCAUUAUUUUCCAAGCAUCUCAAAAAUACUGGUUCAGCACUCACCCCUAGUCGCUAUUUUCGCCUUAUGAGUAUGGCAAUCGUCGAGAUGUUCUUUGGCUUGCUGGUGACUAUACUCAACAUGUGGUGGACCAUGCGACCAGGCCUUCGUCCUUGGAUUAGUUGGGAGAAUGUGCAUUCUAACUGGCUAGAAGUCGCUUAUUUCCCCCUUGCCAUCAUCCCUCCUUCGGAAUUAGCCUGGACAUUCGCUCUUUGGUUCACGAUACCGAUUGCGUCCGUUUUCUUCUUCCUUUUCUUUGCGUUCGGCCGAGACGCAGUAAAAGAGUACGGUGCUACUUUUAGAUGGAUUCGGCGUCAUGUCCUCCGGGUUCAAGAUCGACCAUCUCCAGGUCUCUACCCACUAAUUACGGUGGCGAGACCAAGUAACAUGCCUCAGUCCUCGAACAUCGAUUUGCGCAACAAGAAAAAGGAAACCCCCAUCGGAAUGCCUUAUUCCACGUCUCCCUGCCAUAUCGACCUAGCCAGAGGCAUUGGCCUCCCGCUCAAGUCGGACUGUACGCCGGCUCUCCCGUAUACCAGCCCUCCAGCAUCAAAUUAUUUCAAAUACCAAGAGCAAUAUUCUCGCGGAAGUGACCGUGAUGGUCGCCCUUCGGGUAUGCAUGCAGUAUAAGGACUUUGCAUUCAUUCAUUGGCUUUACUAUCAUUUAUAUAUCAGCCUUCUCUCCAUUCGUUCGAACCUCGUAUCUGACGAUACAAUCACUGUCCC